UGACUUUGAAUAUUUAGCUGAAAUACUCAUUGAUUAUAGUUAAAAAAAUACAACAAUCAAAUAAUCAAUUUUUGGAAAAUAGAUCUAAUUGUGGUCAUCAAUAUUAUAUUGUUAUCCUCAUAUGAUAACACAAACUUUACGUGCUAUACAUGUAAGUAGAGGGUAGAGCUGUCGUUAGUGAGGUUAUGUAGUCCUGGAUUCGAGGUGAUCAGCUGUCAUUUUUGAUAAAACAAUAGUGAUUUUUUAGUGAAUAUAGAAAAGAUCACACACAGUAUUAAAAUGUCCUCGUGGAAGAGAACUGCAAAAAUGAGCCAGAAGACUCAUCGGGAACGUCAUCAACCGGAGGCUCGAAAACAUCUGGGUCUAUUAGAAAAAAAGAAGGAUUUCAUCGCGAGGGCCAGAGACUUUCAAGAGAAGCAGGCAACGCUCAAACUCUUGAGGAAACGUGCGCUGAAUAAAAAUCCAGAUGAGUUUCAUUUUCACAUGAUUAAUUCCCAAAUAGUGAAUGGCGUUCAUAGAGAGAAAGACAAAGAGGACCAGCACACGCCUCAGCAAAUCAAACUGUUGGAAACGCAAGAUGUGAGAUAUGUAGCAUACAAGAGAAACAUUGAAGCAAAGAAGAUAGAUAAGCUACAGAGCCAGUUGCACAUGAUGGACACGAUAGACGAGACACCAAACAAACACAUUUUUUUUCUAGAUGAUGAUACAGAAGUGAAAAACUUCAACCUUGCCAAAAAACUUGACACACAUCCAGCGUUUUUGUCCAGACGUACCAAUCGACCAAAGUUGAGCAUGAUUAAAAAUCUAAAACUGCCGGAAUUAGAUGACAAGUCUGUCGCUAAGCUCGAGCAGAAAAAACAUAUGGUUUAUAAGGAACUGGAAAAAAGAAUCGACAGGGAGCGAGAGUUGACAGUUGUACAACAGAAACUGGAAGUGCGCAGGCUAUUGAAGGACACACAAGGCAAGAAACCAAAAUUAGUAAAACCUGGCUCAAAAAGUACUGCUCCUAUUUAUAAAUGGAAGUUUGAGAGAAAGCGGUAAUUUAUUUGUGUUACAAAAUCUGUCAUUAAUAUUAUAUAUAAUUAGAUAGAAUAUGUCAUUUGUAAUGAUAAAUGUUGAAUAAAAGUUUUUACUCAUAUACAUAUAUAUGCAACUGUCCAAUAAACUAU